AUGGUUCGACACAAGAAAGACACGAUGGCCCGCAAGAGCAAGCGGGGUGAGUAUCGACGGCCAGUAAUCAAAGACGGAGUAGACGAGCACGGAAAACGACCGCGCGCGCCUUUCCAAGCUGCCUGCUGGGAUCUGGGACACUGUGACCCGAAAAAAUGUUCAGGCAAACGGCUGAUGCAGCUUGGAUAUAUGCGAGACCUGGGUAUAGGGCACAAGUUUCCGGGCGUCGUGAUAUCGCCGAAUGCGAAGCAGACACUUUCCCCAGCUGACAAGCCGCUGCUUGAGCAGUACGGUGCUGCCGUGGUAGAGUGUUCGUGGGUGCGAGUGAGUGAAGUGCCUUGGUCAAAAAUCGGCGGGAAGACAGAAAGACUGCUGCCUUACCUUGUGGCUGCAAACACGGUGAAUUACGGCAAGCCAUGGCGAUUGAACUGCGUUGAAGCAUUGGCUGCGACGUUUAUGAUAUGCGGACACGAAGAUUGGGCUGAAGAGGUGCUACAGCACUUCCGGUACGGCAAGCCGUUUCUGGAGAUCAAUUCACAGCUGUUUAAGCGGUACGCGGCAUGCGAAACGGAGGCAGAUAUCAAGGUUGCUGAGGAGAAGUGGCUGGCGAAGAUUGAGAAGGAGUAUGCGGAGAGCCGAGAAGAGAAGGGGGCAGACGAUAUGUGGACUACGGGUAAUACAAACAGACACGCCUUCCUGUCGGAUUCUGAGGACGGUGAAGAAGAACGGGAGGACGAAGACGGCGACGGUGAAGGUGAGGAGGACGAGGAUGGGAUACCGCGGAAUGCUCUACAGAGAGACAACCCAUUCCCAGAGUCUGAAGAGGAAGACGAUGACGAGGAAGAGAUGGCAGAGAUCCGGCGAAAGAUACUUAUGUCCAAACCAUUUGCUGGUGCUGCUUCGGCUGACCAGGAGCCUGAAGCAACAACAAGACCCGCGGUACUACCGUCGCCGGCGAACCCAACGCCCGCCAAAGACACCUACAAUGAGAAUGACAGCGACGACGGCAACGAGAGCGAUGCUGCCUUCGACCGCAUCAUCAACGCAACCACCUCGACCGACCGCACCGGCAUCAAAGCCAUCCAGCGCGAGAAACAGCGACAAGCAAGGGCAUGA